GUGCCGAGGCGCCUGCUGAGGUGCCGUCGCAGUCGGGGGGCAUUCUGAAGGUGCCGCACUCGUCGUACGAGUUUGGAGCCAAUGUGCUGGACGCUAAGAAGAUGCUGAUAGGGCGGAUGGCAGACGGGAGGUUGAGUGCGCGGGUGAGCUACCAGGUGACGGACAGCGUGGCGUUGAAGGUCAAUGCGCAGAUCGUGAACGAGCCUCACUUCUCGCAGGGCAUGUUCCAGCUCGACUACAAGGAGGCCUUCUGGCUGGGCCACCAGCGCCGCUCUGGGCUGGGCAUUGCAGGGCGCUACAACACCGAUAAAGUGGUGAGCUGUUCCUGCUGGCGUGUGCAGCAAUGCAUGUGCUGCACCGCAUGCGCUCUUCCUCUUCUUCUUUGUCCUGGACAAAUCAUGCCCAUCCCGCAUCGCUCCGAUCCAUGCCGUCCCGCAUCGCCCCAAUCCAUGCCAUCCCACUCACCUCAGGUGGCGACAGCACAGGUGGCGAGCACAGGAGUGGUUUCCAUGACCUAUGUGCAACGCGUGCUCUAA